ACUACACGCAUUGCUGGAUUCUUGAAAAGUGAGUUAGAAUUGAAAAACAUUUUUUCUUAUUUUUGAGCGUUUUGUUAACCGGUUUUUUUUUAUUUUUAGUUCUUAAUAACAUUUGAAAUAAUGGAGCUAUUUGGCUUGGAAUUGGAUUCGCGGGCCGCAGAAAAUCACCUCGAGGGCCGCGAGCCCCACAUUGCGCAUGCCUGUUGUACGCGGUUGCACAGUGACUCUAGAUCGCUGUUGGAGAGAGGGAGAGAUAGAGAAGCAAUAGACACCGAAAGACCCUCUCGCUGAGAAUGACAAAGAUCGAUAGCGACUGACACACUUGCAGCGUCGUAACACUAGAUCAAGGUCUGCCCAUAGCUGACGCCUCUAAAACACCUUCCGUCUGACACCGCUUCCGGGCAUUAGAUGCUGAAGAUCGAACGAUUGCGAUCGGUUUUAAAAGCAUUGAACGAGAACCUUAGAAGGACCUAAUUUUGGAUUAUGAUACCGCAAUGCAAAGGUCGAUCGACAAGAGAGCAAAGCAUUCUUACACACUUCUCUAGAUAGUAGAGUUACUGUCGUCAUUCGAUGCACGUGCUGGUAACGGCAACACGAUGCACAUUACAAGACAUCACGCUCAAGCGUUUAACGGUGGGGAUGAAAAACGUUACUCAGCCUUGCAUCUAAGGUGCAUCGUCGCGUUACGGGAGGUAAGUUUGAAAGUUGCUUGACUGGUGCUUGAGACACUCUUCGCCAGCGAUUCAUUCGUCUUUGUGAUAUCGAUGAGCGAGCAUCACCCCGAACCGCUCGUCGAUCGGAACUGGUGCGAACGCUAGAUAGCCAACACUCAACCUGGUGGUGAUCUCGAUCCUUCCAUUGCCGCAACGAUCAAACACCAAACUAACCUCAAACGUAACGCAGAGUAUCCUGCUGCUGGGUUUCAACCGUUCCGGCUCGGUGUUCUCGGACGACGAUGGGCUGCUGCCGGUGGUAUCUGAUUGUAGGUUUGGGAUUAGGUACCGCUGCAACCGGAUUAAUAUUUUUCCUGACAUGGCGUGAUAUUUUUGACAUACUCGUAGCCGAGGAGAAAUCACUGCUGCCGGGCUCAGCACUCUACAAAGAAUGGCGACGUCCCACGAUGCACCCUAGCUGGCAGUUUUACGUGUACAACUGGAGUAACGCUCAGGCCUUCCUGAGUCUUCCACAGGAGGCUUCUACGGCCUCCUUUCAGGAGCUAGGACCAUAUGCGUAUGAUGAAUACACCGAAGUUAUAGACGUCAAGUUUCACCAAGGAAAUGAUACGCUAUCGUAUCGCAAGCGAACCUUCUUCCGUCGCAGUUCCUCCGACGCACUACCGGGGGAGAUCACCAGCGUUAACUUUGUUGCCUUAUUGGUGUCCCAUCUCGCCCGCAACUUGGACUACUCGCUGCAACGGGAGUUAUCGUUUUUGCUGCACAGUGCUCACCAAAGCGUUGCGGUAACUAGACCGAUUGGGCAGUUACUGUUUACCGGCCAGCGGGAACCGAUAUUGGAGCUGAUGCGGAAGCUGCUCUGUACCGGAAAGAAUCUCGGAAUGCCGUGCCAGGACGAACGGUUAGCAUAUUUCCGUACGUACAACGUCAGCAGACGACCGAGCGAGAUCUACAGCAUGAAUGUUGGGAUGCAGGAUCGUUCCAAGUACGGAAUCGUACGCUCCUGGGGCUCGGCGAUGGAACGUAGCGAGCGCAAAGCAUUCCGACCCUGCGAUGGUUUCGCCGAUCUUACUGGAGAGCUGUUUCCAUCCCGCAUCGAUCGCGAUAAAGCGAUCACCAUCGUUCUACCAGAUUUAUGCCGAAGGCUAACGCUGGAGUUCGACAGUGACCAGUUCGUGGAUGGCAUAAUGGGUUACCGCUACACAGCAAGUUUAAUUCGACCGUUCAACGGCGAAAUGACGGAAGCAAAUGGCAUGGACAGUUGUCCGGAAGCGUCCAUUCGGUUGGGCAGGUACGGCAUGCUUAACUCGAACGAAUGUAAUGGCCUGCCGUUAUACGAAUCAGAGCCCGGCUCUUACCCCGGACAGCCAGAUUCUGACAAGCGUCAACUGUACUACGUCCUGGAACCUACGACAGGAACAGUGCUUGAGUCGUACAUCGGUAUGACGUAUCACACAGUUCUUCGGCCGAACGAGCAUAUUGCAAUGUUUCAAAACGUACCAGAGCUUCGCGUACCGCUGUUUCGCUUCGAUCGUUACUAUCGACUAGGAGAAACGAAAACUGCGAAGCUCAGGCAGCUGUUACAUCUGCUUCACGUUGGCCACCAGGCUGCCAUCGGUGGGUGCAUUGCUGGUGUUGCUAUAGUUUUACUAGCUGCAAUAUACGCAUGCUGGCGAUCACGUAAAUCCAGCAAAAAUCAUAACGACGAGUACAGCAUCAUUGGAAUGCAACUACGCAAUGCUGAACGGAAUGAGCAAUUAAUGAAAUAAACGCAGUUUUGAAAAAAAAAGUCCGUUACAAUUACAACAAAUUGUAAGGCACGUAAGUCGACAAAAAUGUCGAUGAAAGUUGUGAAAGUGAAAGGAGAGAAGCUUUAAAAAUUCUCACCUCCAAGCUUUUGGAAUUCGAGCAGCCGUAGGAAGCUUCGAACGUGUUCGAGCAGAUUUCGGGGGAAAUUUAGUAAACUCGCAGCUGUGAGAAGGGGUACGUACAUGGAUAGUAUUUCAGUAAUUAUUACUAUGUGAAAUCGUGCAAAUAAACUUAUUUAAAAA